CCUGAGGGAGAUCAGCUACUAGCCUCAAACUCAUGAUGUGGUAUAGUUAUUCCUUUUUCGACUCAUCAAAAGCGUCACGCCUGCCGAUGAUAACUCUUCUGGAUCACCUACUGGUCGGAAACCGCCUCAUCGGAACGAGCUCACCGUGACGUAGCACAAUGAGCUGGAUCUUUCAUCCGAGUUGUUCGCUCCUACUACCGUCAUGAUUGCGCUGCAGGAUGACGAAGAGACACUUCUUUUGCAACGACCAGAGCAGCUAACCGCUAAGACACCUCUGCCCUGGGAUCAGUUUUGGAUUGUACUGUUGUUGGAGAUGCCAGAUCUUCUUUCUUCUAGGACCCUUGCCCCGUUUAUUCCCCAAGUGCGUAUAUUCCCGUUGCUCGAACUUAUAUCUGACCGCAACUGGAACUUUAUCAAGCUCAUCAGAGACAUCGGAGUGACUCGUGGAGACGAAUCCCAGGUUGGUCACUAUGUCGGCAUCCUUGAAUCAUCAUACUAUGCAGCUCACGCACUGACUAUCUUUCAUUGGAGCCAACUGUCCGACCACAUCGGGCGGAAGCCUGUAAUCCUGACAGCUUUAUUAGCACUUAUUGUUUCGAUAUUUUGGUUUGGGCUGUCGAAGACCUUCCUUGGUCUGGUGGUUAGUCGUGUUGUCUGCGGAGCAUUUGAUCCGAGCGUUGGUGUCGUCAAGAGCUUGCUGAUGGACAUCACCGAUGCAACCAAUAUGCCUAACGCAUACAAUUAUAUGCCAAUUCCAUUGAUGAUCGCAGGCACAGUCGGACCACUCAUUGGGGGAUCGCUCUCCCGACCAGCAGACAGAUUCCCUGACACCUUCGGGCGAUCGGAAUUCCUGAAAACCCACCCAUAUCUUCUGCCAUGCUUUACCUCGGCAUUCUUUAUAUCGAUAGCUUGGCUAGUUGCGUGUUUCUGUCUUAAAGAGAGCGUUUCUACAAGGACGCCGAUUUGGGAGUUAAUUAAAGGAAGAUUAUCGCGACAGUCAUAUUCAAAACCUCGCCGGCCAUCGAGCGAUGUUAUAGUUGAUCCUGGGGAAGUGAAUCCUGGAGAAGCCCAAUCAAAGCCACUCCCGCUACGUGACUUGCUGACCUCGAGAGUGUUGAGCAUAACGGCAAGUUAUGCCACCACAGGCCUGCUUCAAAUGGCGUUGAGUUCAAUCCUACCUAUUUUCUAUGCGACGUCGAUUGAACUUGGCGGUCUUUCCCUCGACCCUCCUCGCAUCGGCGCUUUACUUGCGGCAUCAGGUGUCACACACGGCAUGUUUCAACUACUGUUCUACGCUCGUUUACACGAUCGCUUCGGUGCAGGAGCUCUACAUUUCACCGGUGUUAGCUCUAGCAUACCUAUCAUCAUUUUAUUUCCGGUAAGUAAUGCUCUGGCUCGAGCUUAUGGGAUAGGUAUGGUGGUAUGGCUGUGCGUUGCCGUCCAGCUUAUGCUGAAGACUAGCCUGGUCAUGUGCUACCCUUGUAUGGCAUUAUUCGUCAGAGCAGCUGCUCCCAACCGCGCUUCGCUUGGUGCAACCAAUGGACUCACCCAGAUGGUUGCCGCAGUAGCAAGAAUCUUUGGCCCGGCGUCUGCAGCUUCGGUUUUCUCUUAUUCAUCGCAGAAAGGGCAUGAUGCGUGGUUGAUCUACUACUUCUUGUUCGCAAUUGCAUUUCUCGCAGUAGGUGCGGUUCUAUUGCUUCCCCGUGAUCCUAGUGUAUGGGAAGAUCGCUGAUAGUGUUAUCGCAAAUGACUACGUAUGAUCUAGUGUAAAGGGCAGUACU